AUGGCGUCGCCCCUUCCUCCCGGAUCUGGUGUCUCUCCUGAUGAGGGCACCCCAGUGCAAGUAUCACAAGAGCGUUCACCUGUGGUGAUGAGAGUGGCUAAUUUUGUUCGUGACCACAAGCUUCUAAAGAACCGAACAGGUUUGUUGAACAACUCAGAAGACGUCCAGUUUUUCCGUUACAAGCGGUUUGUUCGUGCUUUGUUGAGUGAAGAGUACAAGAAGAAGUCUAGCAAUCCCAAGAAUGAGUUGAUCCCUGUUAAUAAUGAGCAGGAUGCCGCCAAGUUGUUCGUUUUGAUGAUUCAGAAUAGGCUUUUGAUACCUGUGGAAAAGUUGCACUACGACGAAAUCAAGGCAGUCAAGGGAUGGAAACCAAAUAGAGAGAAGCCUACGUUGCGUCCAACACAAAAGGCUGUUUUGGAGCCAAACGCUUAUUACGGCUGGAUCUAUCAGAAACCCAACCCUUAUAUGAUGUUGUAUGGAUUUUUGAUGCUUGCGGGUGUCUUUACUGUUGUUCUUUUCCCAUUGUGGCCUAGGUUUAUGAGGGUUGGCGUGUGGUACCUUUCAAUGGCGUGCUUGUGUCUUUUGGGAUUGUUUUUUGUCAUGGCAUUUAUUCGUUUGAUUAUCUUUGUCGUGACUUACUUGACCAUGCCUCAAGCCUUCUGGUUAUAUCCUAACUUGUUUGAAGACUGUGGAUUUUUCGAGAGUUUUGUACCUUUGUACGGAUGGGCUGAGCCAGCGGGAGCAAAGAAAGCGAAAAAGAGUAAGAGAAAACAGCCCAAAAUCGAAGAGGUUACUGAUGAACCUUCCACAGCUUCUGUUUCUGGGGCAGAAAAGACAACAACCUCUGCCAAGAAACGGGCAGUUACUUUGGAAGAAGUCGACGAAUAG